GCUCCGACUGCACGAAGAAAAGGUCAUUAAAGAUCGGCGACACCACCUCAAGACGUACCCAAACUGCUUUGUAGCCAAAGAGCUGAUCGACUGGCUGAUUGACCAUAAAGAGGCCUCCGACCGAGAGACGGCAAUUAAACUGGUGCAAAAAUUACUGGAUCACAGUAUUAUCCACCAUGUCUGCGACGAGCAUAAGGAAUUCAAGGAUGUCAAACUGUUCUACCGCUUCCGAAAAGACGACGGGACGUUUCCGCUGGACAAUGAGGUGAAGGUGUUCAUGAGAGGACAAAGACUGUAUGAAAAGCUGAUGAGUUCUGAAAACACUCUUCUGCAAGCCAGGGAAGAGGAAGGAGUCAAGUACGAACGGACCUUCGUGGCAUCGGAGUUCAUUGACUGGCUGAUCCAGGAAGGAGAGGCCACGACACGGACUGAAGCAGAGCAGCUCGGCCGCAGACUUUUGGAGCACGGGAUUAUACAGCACGUGUCCAACAAGCACCAUUUUAUGGACAGCACCUUGCUCUACCAGUGCAGAAUGAAUUUCCGCCGCCGGCGACGAUUAAUGGAGCUCCUCACUGAGAAAUCUCGCUUGAUGCCAGAAAGCCACGACAGCCCGUUUUGCCUGCGCAAGCAGAACCAUGACAACAGAAAACACACCAGUUUUCUCUCAGUGAGUCCCACCAAGGAGAUAAAGAUCGUGUCGGCAGUACGGAGGAGCAGCAUGAGUAGCUGUGGCAGCAGCGGGUACUUCAGCAGUAGCCCAACGCUCAGCAGCAGCCCCCCCGUCCUCUGCAACCCCAAAUCUGUAUUAAAGAGACCCGUGACUGCUGAUGAGCUUUUGAUGCCUGGAGCCCCAUACGUAAGAAAAACUUUUACGAUCGUCGGCGACGCGGUGGGCUGGGGCUUUGUGGUGCGGGGGAGCAAGCCCUGCCACAUCCAGGCCGUGGACCCCAGCGGGCCGGCAGCUGCGGCUGGGAUGAAGGUUUGCCAAUUUGUCGUGUCUGUCAACGGCCUCAAUGUUCUCCACGUGGAUUACAGGACAGUGAGCAACCUCAUCUUGACUGGCCCUCGAACAAUUGUGAUGGAAGUGAUGGAAGAAAUAGAGUCUUGAGAAGAAAAAAUCCUUCUUAGUGGACAUUUUUGUGAGAGAAAUAGCGACGACCGUGGAGCAGCAUGACACAAGGAGGCAGAAUGUUGCUGUGUCUAAAUAGAUUAUUUUGCUUUUAGGGGAGGGGGGCUCUCUUUCUUUUAACAAUAAUAACAGUGGUGAUUAUGCUAAGAAGUGAACAAUAGAUACCAGCAUAUUUUCACUAAGGACUUUUCUUUGCCUGACAGCGACAAGGUUAAAGCCUUUAAUUGUCUGUCCAGCCACGUCUGCAUUGG